CAGAUAUUCGUGACACUGUGAAGUAUAAAGAAGUCAUGAAACAAUAUGGCCUUGGGCCCAACGGUGGCAUAGUGACCUCUCUCAAUCUCUUUGCUACCAGAUUUGAUCAGGUGAUGAAAUUUAUUGAGAAGGCCCAGAACACAUCUAAAUAUGUCUUGAUUGACACACCUGGGCAGAUUGAGGUAUUCACCUGGUCAGCUUCUGGGACAAUCAUCACUGAGGCCCUGGCAUCCUCAUUCCCAACAGUUGUCAUCUAUGUAAUGGACACAUCGAGAAGUACUAACCCAGUGACGUUUAUGUCGAAUAUGCUGUAUGCCUGCAGCAUCUUGUACAAAACCAAGCUGCCUUUCAUUGUGGUUAUGAACAAAACUGACAUCAUUGAUCACAGCUUUGCAGUGGAAUGGAUGCAGGAUUUUGAGGCUUUCCAAGAUGCCUUGAAUCAAGAAACUACAUAUGUCAGUAACCUGACCCGUUCAAUGAGCCUGGUGUUAGAUGAGUUUUACAGCUCACUCAGGGUGGUGGGUGUCUCUGCUGUUGUGGGCACUGGCUUCGAUGAACUCUUUGUGCAAAUCACCAGUGCUGCAGAAGAAUAUGAAAGGGAGUAUCGUCCUGAAUAUGAACGUCUAAAGAAAUCGUUGGCCAAUGCACAGAGUGAACAGCAGAAAGAACAACUGGACCGCCUUCGGAAAGAUAUGGGCUCUGUAGCCUUGGACACAGGGACUGCCAAAGAGAGCGGAUCUCCUGUGUUGGACCCCUCUGAUUUAAUCCUGACUCGAGGAACCUUGGAUGAAGAGGAUGAGGAAGCUGACAGUGAUACUGAUGACAUUGACCACAGAGUUACAGAGGAAAGUCAUGAAGAGCCAGCAUUUCAGAAUUUUAUGCAAGAAUCAAUGGCACAGUACUGGAAGAGAAACAACAAAUAGGAGAUUUUAGGAAAUUUCAGUUGAUUCUAGAAGUCCCAGAUUCUGGGACUCCAUAUGAAGAAACUAUUCUUAUUGCUGAUUCAGGACUAGGAUGAAGAACAAUUUUCUUCAGARUAGCAGAAUUUUUCUUUUGAGAGAAUCUUAUGACUCAGAAGAAGUCAGGGAGAUGAUUCUUGGAGCUGGCAGGUAGAUAUGUCAAGUCUGCCUUGGCCUUUCACUUACAUUUAUGCAAGGAACGAUAUACUGACUGCUUUUGGAAGCUGACAUGCCUUCAAGCCUAAGUUUUAUCAUUUGAACUUAUAUACUUCUGCUGGUGAUAKAAUACAGAGAGAACUUAUCCUGGCAACCACUUUAGAUCUUAGCCUCUACUUCCCCAGCACCAUGUCCUCAGCUUAUAACUGAGGACAUGGUGCUGGGGAAGUACCAUGAGUUGUUCUUUUAAUAGAAAGGGAGAGGGGGACACAUAAGCUUGUCCAGGGUAGCAGURGAGUCUCCUUGGCAAGUCAGUGUUAUGAAAUAUGUCUCACACUAGUAGCUCAUUAGAGGACACCAAGUUUGUUGAAGAAAGUGGGCAGAACGUAAGAUUUCUGAAUAAGAAUUCUCUUAAAUGGUAACUUGGAUAAAGAGUUUCUAAUUAUAACUUUAUUCUAACCCUGCCUGCCUGUCAUGAUUUCAAAUUAGAAAAUUAUAUAGUAACAAAUAGAUUCCCUUGUAAUUGAGGCUUAAAUUCACAUGUCUAAACCUGCCUGUUAAGGGGGUGAUAUUUACUGAAGCUUCCCACAUAUGCAUAAGUGGAAACCAGGUACAGAGUCAGGCCCUGUUUGUAUUGACUUUGAAGUUAAUGCAGAGUAUCCUUGGUGAUUUAUUGAAAGGCUAUAGACUUUAGUCAGGUGCACAUUCCAUGCAUAACAACCAUUAUAAGGGUUUGGCUGCUGACUCAUUGGUUCUCAGAGCACAGUCUCUGGACCACAAGCAUCAGAAUCACUUGGGAAAUUGUUAAA